UCUGAACGCACGUCAUUCGGCAAUCGGCGUUGUCAAAACAGCUGAUGAUUAGAUGAAUUGUAUAUUUUUACUAUUUUCACGAAAUAGAUACUUGUGCAUUUAAAUAACGCCAUGGCGGAAAUAAAUACUCUCAUCGAAAUGGGAUUUACUAAAGAGCGAGCGGAGAAGGCAUUAGCCGUUACCAAUAACAAAGGUGUCGAGCCGGCUAUGGAAUGGCUGUUGGCUCAUGCAGACGACCCGUUAGUGGAGGCUGGACAUACGUUGGGGUCUAGCUCUAGUUCGGGCUCGGCGGCGACGGCGGCGGCGUCAGCGGCGGCCGAGGAGCCCGCGCCCAGCAGCUCCGCGGAGCCCCCGGCGGCGCCCGAUGCCGAGGCCAAGUCGCUCAAGUGCGACGACUGCGGGAAACUCUUCAAAAACCAGGACGAAGUCGAGUUCCACGCAGCCAAAACUAACCACAGCAAUUUCUCUGAAUCCACUGAAGAGAAAAAGCCAUUGACUGAAGAGGAGAAAAAGGCUCAGUUACAGCUUUUAGAGGAGAGGAUGAAGCAGAAACGGAAGGAGAGAGAGGAUAAAGAAAAGGCUGAGGCACUGGAAAGAGAGCGGCUUAGGAUCAAAGCUGGCAAAGAUCUCCAGGAUGCCCGCCAGCGGAUGCAAGAACAAGAAAUGCAAAAGCUGGUGGAACAGAGACGUCGAGAGAAAAUUGAAGAGCAGAAGGCCAGAGAACGAGUUCGUGCACAAAUUGAGGCUGACAAGCAGGCUCGAAAACUAGCUGCAGCCGGCAAGACAGCCCAAGAGGCACCAGCCGCAGCGGCCCCGCCAGUACCAGUCACAAACCCCAACCCCGCCCCCAAGGUUUCCUACGACCAGGCCCGGAUCCAGCUCAGACUCCCUGACGGUAGAACCCUAACACAGACCUUCGGUGCCAAGGAGCAGUUGGCAGCAGUCAAACUGUUCCUCCAGAUGAAUGCCGCAGAGUACACGCAGGAAGGAAGUUUCAAGCUGAUGACUAGUUUCCCUAAGAAGAUAUUCACCGCUGAUGACUUUGAAAAGCCAUUGGAAUUAUUAGGAUUGGUACCAUCAGCAGUGAUCAUUGUGUCAAAGGGAUCUCCUAAUUAAGACUUCGAACACAAGAUAUUGUAAUUCUGCUGCAGGGGAAAGAGAGGAGUGUAUAAAACUGCAUUUCUGCCGAGGGAACCCGGGUGUGGUUCACUGGUAUGAUUACAAUUAAUUUAUAAUUUUACUACUUAUAUUAUUAUGUAUUAGGUUAAUAAAUUUAAUACGGAUA